AGCACAUCACUCAAGUGCUUGUGGGAAUGCACAUCAGAGAAGUGAGGAAGGAUGAUGAAAAAGGGAACAAAAACCCCUUUUGCCAAAGCUUUUUUUUUUUUUUUUUUCUUCUCUAUGCUAAAUUCAGGCUACCUGUACAAAUAACACAUUUUAAGAAGUCAAGCCCCAAGGAACUGUUAGGUGGAAAUAUAGCCCAAAGAUUAACAUUUAUCAUGCUGAGAUUUGGGCAGCACAUCAUCAAGCCCUCUGUGGUCUUCCUGAAAACUGAGCUCUCCUUUGCUCUUGUGAACCGCAAGCCAGUGGUCCCAGGACAUGUCCUUGUUUGCCCGCUGCGUCCGGUGGAGCGUUUCCGCGACCUGGGUCCCGAGGAGGUGGCUGAUCUGUUUCGUAUGGCGCAAAGGGUUGGCAACGUGGUGGAGAAACACUUCGGUGCCACCUCACUCACCAUUUCAAUUCAGGAUGGCCCUGAAGCCGGACAAACUGUGAAGCAUGUCCACGUCCAUGUCCUUCCAAGGAGGGCGGGAGACUUCAGCAGGAAUGAUGAUGUCUACCAGGAGUUGCAACGACAUGACAAAGAGGAUUCCCCUGACAAGUGGAGAACAGAGGAAGAAAUGGCAGCUGAAGCAGCAAUUCUGAAGAAGUAUUUCCAAGAAAAUUAAAGGUAACAAAGUGUUUGAAAAACAUCCUGUGACAUAAGAAACACCCCUGAAAGACCUCGUUCUCUUGUUCUCAGUGGCCCUGGAGCUGCAGCUGAACAAUUUUAUUAUGUUCUACAAAUAGGGGAUUCUUCUAUGAAAAAUUUUAUUGUACCUUUGGAUAUCGUCAAGGUUGAAUUUCAGCUAAGACAACUAACAGUGCUGAUUCAAAAUACUGCUCUGAGUAGUAACUCGUAUUUUUCUGAAUUGUAUACUUGGGAACAAAUCAUUUAAAAUUGUCCCUUGGUCUAAAUUGAAAUAAAGUGCUAGCAAAACUGUGUAGCUGCUGCAUUUAGAUACAUUACAAAACAUUUACUCCAUGUUAUGCUUUUUGAGAUUUGGUUAUUGCGUGUGGGCUACCAUAUCGAAGAAAAAUUAGAUCUUUUAGCAACAUGACACAUCAUUUAAAAAAAAAAGUCUUUGUUAUAGACUAGACAAGAUAAACUUGGAGAGCUACCUUUCUGCCAGAUAAGAUAGUAGAACAAGAAAUAUGUACUGCUUCUUAAGAUCUUUCCCUUCUCUGUUGCUUCUAAUGCAUUGUCACAAAGUUUCUGGACCUUAAGGCAAUAGAAAACACUUCUGCAGAUCAAUGAAUAUGUAAAGCUGCUAAUGUGAUAGUCACUGCAUUAGGGUGAGACCGGCAUGGACGUCCUGCUUGCAGCAACAAACAAUGUGAGUGGGAGCCACCCGUGUGGAAUACUCCCUCAGCAAGAAACGCUGUGUUCAGAGCCCCGCAAAGGAAGGAACUCACCAUGGCUUAGCUGUUGAUUGCUAACAUAUAAUAAAAAAGAAGUCAAACAACAGAUGGAAGGGAGAAGAAAUAAGUCUGGCAAUACAUGCAUGAAAAGAGCACCCAUAAUCGUGCUCUUGAAUUGUGGGAAAGCUACAGCUGAGGUUUUCUGUGUCCCCUGAACCAGGAUGGAAAAUCAUGUGUGCCAAGUCCUUCAAUAAGAGCUGUGCGGAGGGGGACCAUGGGCUGCAGGGUUUACCUGAGCACUUGGGGACUUUGGGAUCAGGUCCAGCCCACAUUCAGGCAGCACUCUGCAUACCUGGCAGCACCAUGUGCUCACUGUACUGAACGUAUAAAAAUGUUUCAAAACAGUCUGUCCUGCAGGGUCAUACCCUGACCUGAGAAGCAUGAAAAUACAUGAUAGACAAACUGGUAUAUAACAUAAUUUUCCCUAUACACUGCAGAGGAAUUUAGUCCAUUGGUUUAAAGUCUUUCUGCUGGUCAAAUGCAAACAGAAACACUGGAGUAAAAUCAUUGAUCUUUGAUUCCAGAUUUUACUGUGUUGCUGUUAAAAUAUUGCUACUGAAAAGCUGGUUUGCUUUCAAAGAUUUGCCAUGACGCAACGUGGCAACCCAUAUAAUCCAUUAGCCCUUUGAAAAAUUGUAGCUAUUGUAAUGCAAUUCCUUUUUCCAGGCAGAGUAAAUGAAAAGGCCAUUUUGAUGGUGUCUGCACUUUUUGGACCCUGAACAAGGGCUGAAUAAACAGGAAAUGAUGGUAAAAGGGUAAGAAGUGACAGAGAAGAAAAGGUGAACAGACAGGCCAGGCAAAGACGCUGGCAAAUGGGCCAACACGAACUGUUGCCCUUUUGCACUUUAUUAUUUAAAGUAACUGUGAUUUCAUGUAGAAGGAAGACAAAGGUUGUGUUAGUGGAGAAGUGCUAAAUAGAAAACCUGAGCAUCCAUUACAUUUGCAAGGUAUUUCCAAACCUCAAUGGCUUCCUGUUAAGUAUGGAAUAUUCUAUGUUAAUGCCGCAGCUCAUGAUGAGCAGGUGAUGCGCCAACCAUUUUGCAUGGGGGCUGCUAAGCAGACGAGUGCUGAGCAGUAUGGAACAUUUCAUUUGUGUAAAUGAGGAGGCCGUUAUCACAGCACUAAAGGUCCUGUUUUUAAAAAAAGCCUCCUGUGGCAUUAUACACAAAACAACCUAUUUAUGCAGCAUGAAAAUAUUUAUGUGCUGCGCUCCAGCUUAAAAAGGGAAUUUGCAAUAGAUGAGGGACGUGAGAAAGGAUUGCAGUGGGAGAUAAGAAGAGCUUAGAAAAGGCAGAUCAUGAAGUACAUGACAUCCUGCAGCAGUAUGUGGAGUAACUCCCCUGCCCUUUUUUAAGACCUGAGCCUUGAGGAUGGUGUCUGGAUCAUUCAUAUCCUUCCUAUAGACUUAAUUUCCUUCAGACAGAGCAUUCUAUGCAAAGAUACAGUUACUGGAAGUGCAAGGAUGCACUGCAUUGAGGGCAUCGCUGGUCUUUGUAACAAACCAUUUUUUUUCCAACCUCAAUUUCUUGCCCUUGUAGCAGGACCUGGGUCAUCUCCAGGAUGCAGCGUGCCCAGGGCUUGCCUUUGCACUGGGGGAUGCUGCAAGUCACUAAGCUCUUCCACCAAAAGGAGAAAACACGGCAGUGGCUCAGGUGGACAUGGUACGAGUAGAGUGGUCCCAAUGGCUUGGCUUCUUAAUAUGGGGCAGAGAUUACUGUGCUUUCUGUUACAUGGCUUGGGACUACAAUCCCUGUCCUUAUACACAAACAAGUUUCCCAGACUUUUUCCGUUACUAAAAGUUCACUUAGUCGAAGUGAGCAGUUCCUCCAAGGGGAUGCAGUGACUGUGCCUGCGUGCCUCUAUUUUCAUUAACAAAACAGCUGUGUUUCAGCCACGUUGCUCUUUAUUGACUUUUGUAGAACAGGCUGGGAGUAGGAUGUGGCUUCAGCUGCCCUCUUAUCCCUGCCUGCUUUAAAACAAAAAUUGCAGGAGAGCUGUCUUGGGCACAGUUAGUCCUGCAGGCAGGAGAAUGGCCGACCCUCAGAGCACUGAUCCAAUGGGGACACUGUCAGCCCGUGGACCCAGUUGCUGCCACAACAGGCAGCCCUGGCGAACAGUCCCAUUUGGAAGCCACCUGGCAGCCAUCUGCUCACACACCUACACUUUUGGGGCUGGGCAAAAACAUUAGGAAUCGGCUCUGAAGGCUUUGGCACAGUGGCAGCCUGGGCCCAUGUUGUUCUGUGCAAGGCUGCAGGCACCUGGCUUCUGCAAAUCCAUUCUUGGUUUUCCAAGAAUGCUCAUCUAGACUGCAAUUAUGGGUCUUUGUGCAGAAAAGCAACUUAGGUGGCUAAUUGUCCUGAUUGCACUAAGGCAGCCAGGUAUUAUUUUACAGUGCUUUCAGUGAAGGCUGUGAGUACAGCAGGAGGAUAUAUUUUUAAUUACCUUUCGGCAAAUCAGCAUCACUUUCCCUCCUGAUGCGUCAGCAUCCUUCCCAGCACCCCUCGUCCUCCACAGGGGUCAGUGCCACCCCAGAUGCCUCGAAAGCACUCACAGGCUGAUGGACCAAAGGGCUGGGUGUGUGCCAUGUCAGCUUCUUGAAGUUUUUAUAUAGUAUUUCAGAAAUCAGUGUCACGCUGCUUGUAACUCCCUCUGAAACACACACAUCCCUCCCACAAGUGCCGGUCUCUUAUUUGAUCCUGUGCUCAAAUAGGAGCAAUCAAUUAAUGUUGCAAAAGGGGAAAGAUUAAAAAAAAAAAAAAAAAAGAGAGAGAGAAGAGAGAGAGAGAAUUUGGUCUGUGCAUGAGCCUGAGUUGGAUGCAGACCCAUGACAGUGCCUGAGAUGGAAACUUCUGUCUGCAAUGGGGGAAGAUGAGGUCAGCUACUGGCUUGUGACAGCACCCUGAAAGGUGCCUGGGGACUGAGCACCCCCUGAAAUAAAAACACCUGAAUGCAUGUAGGAUCUGGGGGGUGAUCUCACAACAUCUGUGACGCAAUAAAAACCAUAGUGCGCCACUAGCCAUGAAGCUAAAGAAAAACUUAAGCCCAAAUACACAUGCAGUGACAGCCAUUAAAGUACCUAAUUCAUUUCUAUCUCAGCUCUCUGUGUCCUCCUAUCCACUCCCCAUCUUUAGCUGUCACUGCAGUCGACAGCUGCUGAAAAGCCUUGUCCGAUUCCUGCAUCUGGUUCUGAACGUACAGGCCAGCAGCGCUGUGAAGGAGAAAAUGCUGCUGCGCAUGUAAGCUGUCCUGUGCGCUGGCAGGGCUGUGGGUUUCAGAACAGAGUGAUGUAUUUCAGCUCUUGUGAAAUUUCUGAAUAAUCAGCUCAUCAAAAAAUAUCAUGCAGAGUUCCCUUGUAGUCCUCUCCAACUUGCCACCUCUCCUGCCAAUAGCUCUGUAGGGUGACCACAGCUUGGCAUAGCCCAUUAGCAGAGCUCUGUACAAUCACUCAUGAAUAGAACUGGCUGGAAAAUGCAAUUUUUCUUCUUGGGGGGAAAAAUAUUAUUGGGGAGGGGAGGGAGGGGGGGAGAUCUUUCUGCCUUUGCAUUUCAGGAUGAACAUUUCCCCCAUUGUUCUCUCCAGCACCCGCUUCUGCUUCCCUGCCCAUUCUUCCCCAUCCCAGUUAUUAGAAGAUGACUCCAGGAAGAUAAAAAUAAAAAUCCCACUUAAAGUGGCAAAGUUGUCGGCUGCUGUUUGACCUGCAGGAGCUUCUGUGGCCUCCCAGGUUGGGAGCCUCACUUCAGGACACACACUGGCCUGCUGGCACGUUCACAAGCCAGGGCUCCUGGGCGAGGUGUCCUGGGACAUGCAGUUUUUUCUACUGCUGCCCAGCCUCCUGUUCAGAGUUUCUCCAAGGCAUCACGCUGAGCAGCCCCAAAAACUGCUGUUUGGGCACCUGGGGGCUGGUGAAUGUGACUGCUCAGAGGAAGAAGGCAGGUCCCGGAAGGGCAAAGCCAACCAGCCACCUUCCUGCCUUCGGCUGCUCCUCAGCCCUGUCCCAGCAGCACGUAGCCCUGAGCUCCCCUCUCCUUGCCACCCUGCAUUUUUCAGCCCCAAGUUAAUGCUACUGUGGCUGGGCAGAGCUGACUGCAUCACUGUGAACUCUGAUGGCGCUCAGAGCCGAAAUGUGGGCAGGCCAGGCUGGCUGGCUGGCUGGCAGCCAUUUUAGGCCUGUGGUGGCUGCACUGACUGUGCCACUCACUGUAACAUGGGCCUAGCAGCAGUGCAAGGCCCUGCGCUCACACACACACAGGGCACGACUGCAUCUGUCAGUGAGUGGGCGCUGGGAGGCUCCAGCACCAUUUUGGGGCACUGCCUGCCCCCCCCCCCAGCUCUGCCCCGACCCAGCCACAUCUCUCAGCUCUGUCCCUCCUCACUUGUGUCACCCUGUCCCUUUCCGCUCAGGCUUUUGUCAUUUCUUUGUCACCAUAGUGACAGGAAAAGAGUGAUGAUUGCUGGAGUAAUUUCCUAUAUUAGCUAGUGCUGGCCUUUCAGCCUAAAUCAGUGCUUCAUUUUCCUCCGGCUCUGGCUAUGCCUCAGCAAAAUGGAGCUAAAAAGUGGUGGCAGGGGGCCUCAGCGCAGGGCCUGCUGCCAUCACCCUGAGAGGAGAGCCCAGGCACGACAGGGCCCCUGGGUCCAGGCCUGUGCAGAACUGUGCUCUCCUACUGCUCGUAGUCAUGCUGUGUGUCUUGGUGAGAUACGGGAUACACAUACUCACACACACAAAUGUAUACUUGAAAAUCAAGCUUCUUAAGUAAGCACAUAAUAUGUUUAAAUAACAAACAAGCCAUUGAAAAGCAGGGAAAGGCCACAAAACAUGAAAUGGAAGCUGUUCCUCCGUUCUCCACUUCAGCAGUGCCUGUCCCCACCACUGAGGAGGAUUUAUUAAGAAGAGUCAACCUUCAUUUCAGGCAUACUGCCUUUUGUCCUCAUAUCACAACAUUAACAUUACCCCCACAUAAUUUUGUGUAUUUAAUUUUACAAUAGACUGUGCCAGUGAGCACUGCCUGUAAAUAUUUGAUCACUGCCGUUCCUCUAGGAUUAUCUUAUCAAGAGUAAAGAUAUUAAAAUAGAAAUCUUGUCAUGUUACUGCCUUUAUACUUCCAGCCUGAGAGUUGAUUGACAGAAAAUGAACUGCCUGAACUAGCUCUAAAGUGUCUUUUCACUGAGAGCUUCAAUGCCAGAGGCUAUAGGAAAAAAAAAAAAAAAAAAAA